CUUCCGGAAAUGCGUCACUGACGGACGAGCGUUCGACCGGAUGUUGUAGAGGUGGUUUCCUUAUUUUUCCGGAAGCAGGGAGAAGGUGGGGGAGAGAUUCGCGGCGAUGGCGUCUGGAGUGGAGGCUGAGGCCCGCACUGAGACCCCAGAGGAGGAGGAGGAGGAGGAGGAGGAAGAGGAGCAACCCCUGACGGCGGCCGAGGCGCGGGCUGCCCAGAAGCGAGAGGAGAGGCUGAGGAAGUUCCGGGAGCUGCACCUGAAAAGGAAUGAAGCCCGAAAGUUAAAUCAUCAGGAGGUUGUGGAAGAAGAUAAAAGGCUCAAGCUGCCAGCAAACUGGGAGGCUAAGAAGGCUCGUUUGGAAUGGGAACUUCAGGUUGAAGAAAAGAAGAAGGAAUGUGCUGAGGGGGAAGACUAUGAACGAGUGAAGUUACUGGAGAUCAGUGCGGAAGAUGCAGAAAGGUAGAGAAAGAAGAAGAGGAAAAACCCAGAUCUGGGCUUUUCAGACUAUGCAGCUGCUCAGUUGCGCCAGUAUCAUCGGUUGACCAAGCAGAUCAAACCUGAUAUGGAAACAUAUGAAAAACUGAGAGAGAAACAUGGAGAAGAAUUCUACCCAACAUCCAAUAGUCUUCUUCAUGGAACACAUGUACCUUCUACAGAGGAAAUCGAUAGGAUGGUUAUAGAUCUAGAAAAACAAAUUGAGAAACGAGAAAAAUACAGUCGGAGGCGUCCUUAUAAUGAUGAUUCUGAUAUUGACUACAUUAAUGAAAGAAAUGCCAAAUUCAACAAGAAAGCAGAGAGAUUCUAUGGGAAAUACACAGCUGAAAUCAAACAGAAUUUGGAGAGAGGAACGGCUGUCUAAACUUCAGGAAACGUUGGACAUGGUAGUAAAUUGCUAUCAGUGGACUAUACAAAUAAAGAAGGAUUCAUACUCUUGUA